CCUUUUUCAACCGGAAGCAGUUGGCGUGUCAGAGGUUGAGCGCAUUUCUCCGCGGUACGAAUCCUCCAGUCUACUCGCACAAUAUGACUGGUAUCACACGGUAACGUCAAUGAAUGAAGUUUUACUCAAAUACGUUUUCUAGCACACGCGUUAGAAACACACUGACACAAAGAGAAAGUGGGCAACAUUAUCCCGUUCACAAUAUAAUACAAGAACGCCAUCUCAUUUGAGUGUUUAGAUCAAGACAGAGAUGGCUGGAAUUUUGUUUGAAGACAUCUUUGAUGUAAAGGACAUUGACCCCGAUGGCAAGAAGUUUGACAGAGUAUCUCGUCUGCAUUGUGAAAGUGAAUCUUUCAAGAUGGACCUCAUCUUGGAUGUCAACAUUCAAAUCUAUCCGGUUGAUCUUGGUGACAAGUUCAGGCUGGUUAUUGCCAGCACGUUAUAUGAAGAUGGAACACCCGACGAUGGAGAGUACAAUCCUCAGGAUGACCGGCCAUCGCGAGCGGACCAAUUUGAUUAUGUGAUGUACGGGAAGGUUUACAAGAUAGAGGGCGAUGAGACCUCAACAGAAGCAGCGACACGCCUCUCUGCCUACGUGUCUUUCGGUGGCCUCCUCAUGAGGCUGCAAGGAGACGCCAACAACCUGCACGGCUUUGAGGUGGACGCCAGGGUCUACCUGCUCAUGAAAAAACUGGCCUUCUAAAGCCCAGCUCUGUUCGCCAACUUCACUGGUUCAUCAAAUGCCACAGUUGACUUUGAAGUCACAAUAAACUGUGUACUGAACAUUCUUACACUCAAGUCUGCAACACAUGGCCAAGAUCCAAGAGCAGCUCAUAGACGGAGGCCGAAGAAAGCAUUUAGUUUUUUUUACUUGUGUAGUUAAAAAAUGUUUCCUUCAAGGAGGAUGGGCUACGGAUUGAAGAACGACUUAAGAGCUACUGCCAUCUCCAUCUGCUGGCAUUACUGUAAAUAAAGAUUUAUUUUAUACCUAAUGAUUCUCU